AUGAAGGACACUCCUAGUGAUAAACAACUCUUUUUGCUGUCCCUAACUAAGGAUAUCAACAUGGAGUGCUUUCCCUCCUAUGGAUAUGUAAUGGUCGUGAUGUAUAAUACCGAUACAAAGAGAGUCACUGUAAUCCAUAACAAUAACAUAGGAAAACACAUCCUGGCAAUACAACACACCAGCACAGAUCAGAAACUGUAUAGACUACCUAAUUACAUCACAGAAAACCGCAAAGGAGAUAUCUUUGUGUCUGACUUUGAAUUCGCUGUAGUGGUGAAAGAGCGUGGAGAAAGACAUCGCUUCUCCUACACAGGAUGUCCAUUAGGAUCAGGACUAGAACCACGUGUAGUUUGUAUAGAUGCACUAUUGAUCAUCCCUGUGUGUGAUGUUAACACCCAUACAGUACAAAUGAUAGACAAGGACGUCCAAUUUCUGUCAAUGUUACUAAAACCCCAACAAGGGAUGAACAGACCACAGGGCCUCUAUUGUGACGGCAAAAGUACUUAG